AAAAUGUUCAUUACGCGAUAAAUCUAUCCUAUAUUUCGCUCAUGCUGCAGUACCAUCGUUGUGUACAUACUACAAGUCUAAAGGUUAAGCUUUGAGUUCAUUUAACAGUAUUCAUACAAUUGUUAUACAAAAGGAAUUAGAAAUAUGAAAGAAGAAACAUUGAAAGGGUGGCACCUUAUAUGGUGGUUGUUCAAAUUAUUUGGAUUUCCAAUAACUAUUCCAUGGUUAAUAUACCAUUUUGUUGAUAUUAUGCAACAAAAAAGGAGGAGAGCUGCUCUGAGUGGAAAGGUAGUAAUGAUAACUGGAGCCAGUUCAGGUUUGGGAGAAGCACUAGCUCAUGUUUUUUAUGAUUGCGGCUGUAAAAUUAUUUUAGUUUCUAGAAGACAGGAAGAAUUGAAAAGAGUGAAAAAUGAUUUAAUGAAUACUCAUGUAACAGUAACAACUUAUCCACCUAUAAUUAUGGCGAUGGACAUAACUGAUAUGAAUUCUCUUCAAUCUAAAGUAGCAUCGAUAAUAGAAAUUUGUGGGAAAAUUGAUAUAUUGAUUAAUAAUGCUGGUGUAUCUUACAGAGGAGAAGUUGUUAAUACGAGUGUGGAUGUAGAUAUAAAAGUUAUGCUCACAAAUUACUUUGCACAAAUUGCUUUGGCCAAAGCUGUACUUCCAUAUAUGAUAAAGGAGCAGUCUGGUCAUAUAGUAUGUGUAAGUAGUGUACAGGGAAGAAUUUCAAUUCCAUACAGAUCUGCAUAUGGUGCAUCUAAGCACGCGUUACAAGCAUGGUGUGAUAGUUGUCGGGCAGAACUGGCUGAUCAAAACAUAAAAGUUACCAUUGUUAGCCCUGGUUACAUAAAUACUUCUCUUUCUCUUAAUGCAUUAACAGGAACUGGACAGACUUAUGGAGUAAUGGACCAAGCUACACAGGAAGGAUAUUCUUCAGAAUAUGUAGCAAACUUAACUUUGAAAGCAGUAUUAAAGGAGGAGAAAGAUAUUGUAAUAGCACCAUUUAUUCCAAAAUGUGCAAUAUAUUUAAGAACUUUAUGUCCAUCCUUAUAUUUCUGGAUAAUGCAUAAAAGAGCAAGAAAGAUGGCUAAGAACGAGUAGUCUCUUUGCAUUGUUACACUGUACAAAGUAUACUCUAAAUUAUUUUUGUACCGUAUUUUGUUUUAUUUAUAACUUACAAUUGUUUUUUUGUAUUAUUUUACAUUGUUAAUAUACGUUCAAAACGAUUCCAUAUAAUGAUAUUAACAGUAUAUACAUAGGGCGUUUUGUUUUUAAUUAUUUUUCAAAGGGGAAAUAUUUUAGAAAGUAUAAUAAACGAAGUUAUAUUCAAAACUAUAUUUUAUUAUGCCACUUAUUAGUGGAAUAUGUUUACAUUAUAUACACUUUAAUACUACAAAUGUUUCGACAAAAUUAAGACUGAAGCACUCUCAAAUUUUUGUGUCAUCUGUAACUUGAAAAGUUCGUAAAAUAUUGCUGUUUAAUAACAAGUAACUGCGAAAAUUUAGUUUCUAAAUAUAAUAAAAAUUUGAAAAAGUAAAAACAUACAAAUUGGAUGUAUUUACAUAAAUUUUAAAUAAAUAAAAAAUAAAUGCUGGAAAAUGCUGAGCAAUAAAGGCUUUUUAAGUUAUAAAUGACACAUAACAAUAAAUUUAUUUAACACAUCAUUCAUCAAAAGUGAAGCUUAUAGCAUUCCUGAUAUUUUAUUUGUGGUAUGUUACAAUUGUGCAAUCACUGUUGUAUUAUGACAAGUAUUUGGCUACUAACAAUUCAAAUAUUUAAAGUAUAAUAUAUAAUACACAGUGAUUGAUACAAACUUUGUUGUCAUGGCAGGAUUAGUAACUCUUAUAUAUAUUUUCUACUUAUUAAUGAUGUUCUAUAAUGUUUAAUAUACUCUUUUAUAUUAUUAAUAUAAAUUUUAAUCGAUAUAAUAUAUUUAAAGAGGAGCAUAGUACAAACACAUACUUCCAGAUGACUUCAAUGAAGUAUGCAUCUAUAUUGUACAUAAAAUGUAGACAACACACGCUAAUUAUGCAGAUAAAUUUAAUUUUUAAUUUAAUUCUGUCAUAAUAUAUAAACAAAUGUGAUGAAAACAACAAAAAUAUUGUGAAACUUCACUUAAAAUAUUUUUGACUAAUAAACUCCAUUCUCUUCCAUUUUAUACUAAAUUUCUUAAAAACAAAACUGAAUAGAUAAAUGAUAAAAAAACACACAGUUUAAAUAAAUUUGAUACUUUAAUAUGAUUAAAAAAAAAGCUUAUAUAGUACUUAAUCUUUGUAUAAUAAUGGAUAUUUUGUUAACGUUCUAAAUUGCAACGUUUUUAUCUUGCUUGUUACAUAGAUAAACAAUAUUGAUAGUUAUAAAAGAUGUUGCUUAACUUUCAUAUUUCAUCUGAGAUCUUUACUACAGAAAUGCUUAAAGUUUAUUGUAUACAUUGGUAUUCAAUGCAUUAAUUUUGCAGUGUAUAUACAAAUAGAUCUAAAGAUUAUUGAUAUAUUAAUGAAUUGCUAGUCUUUUGAAAAGUUAAUAUAUAUUAGAUUAUGUAACAUUUGUUGUCAUUGUCCAUUCAGGAAUGUUUGUGAUGUUUAUUUUCGAUAUUCCAUAGGUUUCAUAUAUAACAUGAUAAGAAACUUACAUAAUCAAUAAAAGUUAAAUGCUAAUUAAAACAAAUGCCAAAUUAAAGUAAUACACUUCAUGUUUUUUACAUGUAACACAUUUUUUUACGUGAACUCUACUAUUGGGCGAAAAAAUCUACUCAACAUUUUCUGUAGUAUAUCAUAUGCAGUGUAUUCUAUCUACUUUAUUUACAAUCUAAAAAUAUAUAAUUCUAAAUUCAACUUUCCAGGUGAAUAGUUGUAAUUUUGCGUAACUCUAAGAACACUUAUAUCAGUAGUUGUUUCGCGUGAAGUGCGUGAAUAUAAUUGUGUCUUUUUCUGUAUUAAAAUCAACUGCGAGAUGUAAUGAAUAAGAUGGAGA